AAACUUCUUGCAUUCAUUUUGAGUGUGAGAACAGCUGAACGGCGUCCUCGCUGAAGAAGAGUGUCAGUCAGAGUGUCCGGUAGAAAUGCGCCUGUAGCCAGCACGAGACUCUCAGAACGCAGACCGCUUCAGAGGAAGGCUCUUCCUCUACCGCUGCUUCAGAUUUCAGCCGCGGAUUUUUCGGGGCGGACAGAGUUUCUGAACGGGAACAACCGCCGUUUUUUGCGGCGAGACGCAACUUUUUGUUUUUUCAUUUAAAAAAAAAAAAAAAAAACCAGAGCAUUUAAAAGCUCUGCCGAUUUCAGAAGGCUUUGCCCGCUAAAUUUUGUUCUUCCUGCGCGAGAGUUUGGAGACGAGGACAUUUCACAAUCUCAAAUGCUGGGAACGAUAACUCUCACAGUUGGCCAGACGGACUCCGUGUCUGCGUCCCAGAAGGAGGACACUCCCGAGACCAUGGAGGUGAUCCCGGAGGAAGUGGCUCCUCAGGUGAAUGGCGAAAAGGAGGAGAAGGAGUCGGCCGAUGCAGACGAGGUGACUGCGACGGAGGAGGAGAAGCUGGCCGAGGAGACGUCCCCGGAGGCCAACGAAGUGGGCUUCAAGAAAAUCUUCCGCUUCGUCGGGUUCAAGUUCACCCUGAAGAAGGACAAGAACGAGAAGGUGGAGCCGGUGCAGCUGCUGAACGUGAAAAAGGAGGACGCGGCUGAGGCCUGCAGCUCUGACGAGGUAGCGGAGGAGUCAAAAGAGGAGGCCACCACCACAGAGGAGGCGCAGCCAGUGGAGGAGGAGGAGAAGGCCGCAGAAGAGCCGGCAGCCAGCGAGCCCUCAGCUGAGCCAGUGACCGAAGAAAGCCCCACUGAGAAAGUCAACGGAGACGCCACCGAGCAGGUACCAAAGGAGGAAGAGCCGACUGAGGAAGCUCCCCCCGAGAAGGAGGCGGAGCUGUCGCCAGAGUCCCCGCCCGCCCCUGCUGUCCAGGAAACGCAGUCCUCCCUGAGGAGGUUCUUCACGCAGGGCAUCUUCUCCAACCUGCGCAAGAAGACAAGUUUCAAAAAGCCAAAGGAAGAGGAGGUGCCGAAGGAGAAGGAGCCUGAGGAGGAAAUAAAGGAGGCAGAAGAAACGACAGAAUCCCCCGCGGCGGAAGAGGCUGAGACGUCUAAAGAGGAGGCUGCGCCCGAAGCUCCACAAGAAGAGCCUGCCGCACCCGAGGAAGCUGAGCCAGAACCUGCUAGUAAGGCAGAACCCGUUGCUGAGGAAGAGCCUGUUGCUAAGGAGGAGCCUGCCGCCGAGGAAGAGCCUGUUGCUAAGGUAGAGGACGCCGCUGAGGAAGAGCCCCUCGCUGAGACAGAGCCCGCCGCUGAAGCAGUGGCACCCGUUGCCGUGGAAGAAGAGGUCACGGUGGACGGUGACGUCCCUCCAACCGCUUCGGAAGAAGUCGCAGAGGUCACUGCAGCUGCUGAAGAUGCCCAACCACAAGACGAGAAAGUAGAAAGUUCGGCCGAGGGGCAGGCCGUCUCAGAGGAGGCUCCGGCAGCCACGACCGAGCCCGAACUACUGUCUUCCCAAGAGAAAGCCAAAGUCCAAGGGAGUCCACUGAAGAAACUCUUCUCAGGGUCUGGUCUGAAGAAGAUCUCCUCCAAGAAGCAUAAAGCUAAGAAAGAGGCAGAGGCGAAGCUGACUGAAUCUGGAGAGCAGGUUGCUGAGCAGCUUCAGUCGUCCACUGAAUCGGCCGAGGCCCAGAAAGGAGAGAGUUCAGCCUCUUCUCCAGAGGAAUCUGGGGAGCAUGUUAUCAGCGAAGCUACCCCGGCGGAGGAGAGCCAAGAAAACGAGGGAGAGGCGACUACCUCUGACGGAGAGAGAAAGAAGGACGGCAUUCUUCCCUGGGCCUCCUUCAAGAAGCUGGUGACACCGAAGAAACGUGUCAAAAGGCCUUCUGAGAGCGAGGAUGAGGGUGCUGAGAAACCCAAGUCCGCCACCCUGUCCUCCACAGAAAGCGCUGAGAAACCCGAAGAGCCCAAGCCCGCCGAGGAGGAACCCAAGGCGACGCUAGAGCAAAGCACCGAAGAGCCUAAGAAGAAAAUGGACACGUCUGUGUCAUGGGAGGCGCUGAUCUGCGUGGGAUCGUCCAAAAAGAGGGCCAGGAAAACAUCGGACUCUGACGACGAGGCGCCCAGGAUCGAGGAGGAAGCCCUGCAGUCCGGAGAGGAAGGCAAAAAACCCGUGGAGUCGCCGCUCGGAAGCUCACAGGAAGCAGACCGCGAGCAUUUGGCGUCGUCCCCGGAGCCAGCCGGGAGCCCCUCCGACGGCGAGGGAGUGUCCACCUGGGAGUCCCUGAAAAGGUUCGUCACCCCGCGCCGGAAGGCCAAAGCCGAGGAUAAAACCGACGAGUCCGCCGGGACCUCCGGAGCCGAGCCCGUGUCCUCGGACGGUGAAAUCCCCAAAGAGGAGUCCACCUUUUCCCUGAAGAAGCUGAUCCCUGGACGCAGGAAGAAGAAGACGGAGGGGAAGCACGGGCAGGCAUCGGACGAGGCGAGCAAAGACGUGGGAUCAGCGGAGGAGGACUCGGACACACCCGCCGUGGUUCCGUUGUCUGAGUUUGACACCGUUGAGCCAGAUCAGGUGAAAGUUGCACAAACGGAGGAGGCAGUGACCGCGGAGGUUGCAGGUACUACAGAGGCUGAGGCGACAAAGCCAGAACCAGAACCAGAGCCCGAGGUGGAGGAGCCCAAAGAAGUUGCCGCUGCUACUGCUGCUGAUGAAAGAUCGCCAUCCUGGAUCUCAGCCUCAGUCGUGGAGGAGAUUCAGGAGAGCACAACCGAGUGCGUAACCAAACACCUGCAGCUGAGCGACAUUCCGGAAGAAGGUGACACUGUGGCCACGCCUAAAUCCAUCACUGAAGAUGUUUCUAGGGACGAUACCAUCGCUGAGGACAUUGUGGAUUUGGCAUCGGAGGUGGUGACAGCUGUGGAGCAGGCACCUGAAAUGUCCAUCGCAGAAGAAACAACAGAGAUGGUCUCGGCUGUCUCUCGACUUACGGAAUCUCCCGGCACCUCUGGCGAAACCACACCAGUGCCAGGAGAGGGUGAGGAGAAAAAGACGGAGGCAGUGUUGCAGGAGGUUGUGGAAACUGUCAGUGUGGAGUUACACGAACCAUCUCAGGCCACGGCCAUAUGCACGGGCCUUGAAUCUCAAGAGAUUGAGUCAGUGGAGGAGAAGACUCUGAAGGCCUCUGUUGAGAGCGUCACGGAGUUCAGCGAAGCUGCAUCCAUGGAGGUAGUGGUCGAGGAUAAGACGGAACCAUCUGAGGUGGCAGACGUUGCUGAGGAGGCAGUCCAUGAGGUCGUAGCACAGGAGGUCAAAUUGGAACUCCAAGAGUUAGCUGCGCCCGUGGUGGAGGCUACCAAGGCCGUGGAGGAAGAGGUGGAGCCAGCAGAGGAGGUGCCACCUUCAGAAACCACACCGGAUCAAGCUGCGGAAGUGGGAGAGGUCAAAGACGAACAAGGAGCCGCUGAAAUAGUUGACGAGCUGCAAGAAGUCAAACCAAUUAACGUUGCCGUGGUGAACACGGUGGACGCUGGAGCUGAGCACGUAGAAGCGGUUGUGGUUACCGAGAACACGCCUAAAGUUGAGGCCGAAGGGCCAGCAGAAAGCACGGUGGAAGAAUCGGUCUGCAGCCAAACCUCACAGGUCACCGAGGUACCCACUUUGGAGGGCGAGAAAGUGCAGGACCUGGAUGAUGUGAAGCAGUCCUCUGCUGAUGCUGAGCUCGCACCGGCGGAGGAGGUGCUUGAGGUCGUGACACAGGAAGUGAUUACCUCAGUGCCUGAACCCCUGACAACGGUGGAGAUUCAAGAGGCUCCAAUUCCUGACGAGGCACCUGCUGCUGAAUUUGCAGUGGUCCAAGAGACAGUGAGCAUUACUUGCCCUCCUUCUGAAACAAUUCAGCCCGAAGAAGGAGAGGCUCCAUCAGUACAAUUAAGUGACAAUGACAUAGUCCAAAUUGAAGAGAAGGACACAGAGACGCCCAUCCUUGAGGCAGAACCUGAAGCAGCUUUAACUGAGGUGACUGCCAUUGAGGAGGUCCUAGCUGAGGUGAAGGCGGCAGACGUAGCUGUUGAGGCAGAAAUCAAGGCAGCUUCCACCAGCGAGACCACCACUGAAGGACAGGUUCUAGUCGUGGAGGAAGAGGUGGGCAAGCUUGCUGCAGAACCCGUCAUUGAGGCAAAACUUGAAGCAGCUUCAACAAGCCAGAGUGCAGUUGUCGAGGAGGUCAGUGAGAAGGUGGAGGAAAUUAAGGAAGGUGUGCAGGCAGUGCAGGGAGAAGAGGAGGCCAUUGAAGAGCAGAGCACAGUCAUUGUCCAGACAGUCAUCCAGAGUGUGGUAGAAAACCUAUCUGAGACUGUGGAGGAGUCAGAAACAGAAUCCCAGGAGGUACAAAAAACUGAGGCAGCAGCCCCGGAAACCACACAGGUCACUGAGGAAGCGCCAGCGAUAGUGGCAGAAGCUGAAGAGGUGCCAAGUGACACAAAAGCUCCUGAAACAACUGGAGAUUCUGAUACUCUGCCUGCACCUACAGAGGAAGUUGUGGUGGACGCAAUCACACAACCGGCUGUGGCAGAGGCAAAGGAUGAAGAUGACAAAGAAAAGUCAGAGACUGUUGAAGUUUCUGAGGAGGGAAAAGCACCGGUUGUCACCGAAGAAUCCACACAACAAAUUCAAGAAGCUGUGCAGGUCCUUCAGGUGCUCCCAAUCGAAGAUGCACAGGUUCUCGCAAACGAAGAGGUCUGUCAGGAAAUCGCCUCAGUGGAGGUUGAGGGUGGGAGUAAACAGGUAGUAGAAGUGGAAGUUAAGGAAGAGGAGGAAGCAAAGGUUCUAGAACAACAAGUAGAAAAGGCAACAGAAUGUUUGGAAGUGGCCGCCCAAGAAUCAGGAGAGGCAAAGGUCGACAGUAAGUCAGAGGGCCAGAAAGAGGCUCUGGUGGAAGAGGCCCAAAGUGAGAGGGAAAGUGAAAAGAGCGAGAGCAAAGCAGAGGUGGGGUCAGAGGUCAAAGGUCAAGAGGAGGCGCCUGAGGCAGAGAUUCCCAAAGACGCCCAACCGUCCCAAGACAUUCCGGCUGAGGAAGUGGUAGUCGCAGGAGAGGCUCCCUCCGACGCUCCUGCCACAGAGGUUCCGAGUCGGGCUGAAGAGGUAGCCGGCGCGACGCCGCAGCCCGAGGCGAAAGCAGAAGCUCCCGAGGUCUCCGACGCGAAGGCAGAACCAGGACCGGCGGCCGAAGCUCAGACCACGGACUCGCAAACCCCUGCGGACGCAGCCGAAGCCGAGACGGAAGAAAGCACCCAGAAGGAAACGACGGAAGUAAGCGAGGAGCAAGCGGCCGCCAUCCCUGAACCACCUGUGGAACAAGCUCAGACGUCCGUACCGCCGGCUGCAGAGGAGAAAGAGAAAGAGAAAGAGAAGAUGGCGGCCGCGGAAAAGGAAACGACCACCAUUGUAGGAGACGUCAAGUGUACGGAGACGACGGUGCAACGGCAGGCGACGGAGAUGAUGACUGCGGAGGUGAUGGAGGAAACUGUGAAUGAAAUCGAACCCGUGUCUACAGAGUUGACAACAGUAUCAUGAGCUGGUCGAAGCGACGGGACGAUCCUCUGCCUGGAAGACGGCGUGUCUGAACAGGAACAGGAAGUCGGAGCGCGCUCUGGCGCACACACUGAGACUGUGCUCUGCCUCUUAAGAGCAAGUGGACUGAAGGACAAUUCCAACCCUCUCCUGCAACAUUCUGCCCUGUCACGAAAUGAAGAUGCUCUUGGGACCUCUUCUGGGAGAUCCCACCCACCCCCCCAACCCCACACACACACACACACACACGCACACGCGCGUGCGCACGCGGUCCUGCACAUCUCUGAAGUCUUCAUCAAGCUUGUGAUUAAUGUGAUGUAUGUUUUUGUGGUCUUUAGCAACCUCCUAUCACCCUUACUGUUACACACAGAAGGUUGUCCUGCAGAGGGCAUCUGUGUGUGUGGCCUGAGAACUGGAAGAUAUAAUCUUGUAUAUUGUAUUUAUAUCUAAAGUAAGUUGUCCACCCCCCCCCCCCCCCUCCCCACACACUCCUCUGUUACCCCUCUCCCAUCUCUGUUGUAUUUAUGUUAAUUUUUUAAAGAUACUGAAAUGCUCCUCACCUCCGUUGAGGAUAAUUGGAGAUAAUUUGAGGGUCUUACACAGAUUUCACUAACAUGGUACAGAUACGCAUUCAUUGACAGUUAAUAGUCCAGUACAAAAGAAAUAAAAAAUAAAAACACAACUAAACAUUAAAAGCUAUGCAUUGUAUGAAUGAUAGCUUCGCUCAAAAGACUGGGCUGAUUUCUGACUCAGUUGUGUAUUAUGUUCAGGGACAUCAUAGUCAGAAUCAGUGGCAACAAUUUGGCACAGAAAUGCUCAAUAUGCUAUUGACAUGGUUAAUCACUAGGAUUUCAGAGAAAGAGAGCACCAACAAAAUAUGCGAGUCCUUUUCAAUGUUUAAAAAUGAUGUCUAAUGGAUAUUGCAUCUGCCUUUACUGGGGCUUAAAGAGUCAGAUUCGUUUUCAACCUUCUGACAAAGACACAAAAUGCUGUGUCACUGACACAGAACCAGAAAUGUAGCUACCAGCCUACAUCAAAAAUGACAUUUCAGUGUUUGAGCUUCACUGUGUACAGCAUGUUUAGAAAUUUAUCUGGGGGAAAAAAAAUUGUGUCAGCAAUUCAUUUAGCUGUGUGACACAUUUCAGCAACGGUUUGUUUCACACACACACACGAAAACACUGCUUUAGAAGGACGUUUAGAGAUAUUCAUGACUCUGGUGCCAAAGUACACUUCUUCCCUCUGCUGGCGACGUCCGGUAUACAUAAAGCCAUUUAUCACUGCUCCCGCGCCAGGAUGGGUUUUUUGUCAGCAGCGGAGACUCAAAAAGCGAAUAUAUAAAAAUAACUGUGUAUUUUGUGGAUAGUGUGUAAAGUUUAAAAAAAUAUAUAUUGUCAUUUUCACUUCAGCUAUGACAGGGGAGAAGAGCACGGUCUUCCCGAAUCGAUCGGCUGAACGCCUUUCCCAGUUCCGCGCGCACUCCUGCUAGCUUUGCGCUUCAGUGAUGUCACAAAGUAUGCUUCUGACGUUGCGCAAGUGAAGGGGGCUGAAACCUGAACACACCUGCGAAGAGAGGUGUGGGUGAAUUAUUGUGAAGCAGAACAUUAAGACCACUGUGAUACCGUACCGAGAGGGAGAGAGAGAGAGAGAGCACAGAGACUAGCUGGUGUAAUUGUCCAGCCAAAUUAUUUAAGAGUAGUCUAAGGUUCAGGUCUCCUUACAAGGGUUUUUUUUUUGGUGGUAGGGGUGGGGGCCAGGGAGGGGGCAUACAUAAACAAGUUUUAGGAGAGCAAACAGGAUCCACACCAAAUCCAAACGAGAUUUCUUUUUACCCCCUCGGUACCCAUGUCUGGAUGGCGCUGCAAAGUGGCCUACAGGGGGCAGUAUUUCUAUAACGGUCUAUUCCCCGCCCCCCAGGGACCAGCGGACAGCGGCUUUGGUCUGACUAGUCGUUCGCGAGAGAGGCGAUGGACAGAAUUAUGGUUGCUCCUAAGCUCGCUUCACAUUCUGAAUGUCUAAAUCUGUAGCCGUUGCCUUCGUAGCUUCCUUCCUGUUUGGUUUAGACACCCCCCUGGACCUCCUCGGGCUUUUUUAUAACACAACCUAAAUGUGAAACUGGUAACAUUUGUACAAAUUGUAUACCUAUGUACCUUAAAUCAUAUUGUAAUAACAACAAUAACCAUGAGCAUAAAAGCGUGUAACAGCAGCAUGGACUUAAUUCUUUUAUAUUUUCCAAGCUGUUAAUAAUAUGAAUACAAAAUCUUGUCUACAUUUCAAUCAAAUAAAGCUAGCCUUGUAAAACCA